AUGGAGAUUCACGUCACAAACGUGCCAGCCCAAGCUGGAGAGCACGAUCUUCGAAAAUUUCUUAAGCCUAAGAUCGAUGCUCUUGCUAUUCGUGCCUUUCAUUGUCACACUGCUCGAACCAAGGACUUUGGGAAAAUCACCUUUCGUACUGCCACAGAUGGUGAGAUGUUUUUAAGACGAUAUGGUGAGAGAAGACCAAAAAACAAGCAACGAAACUUAUUGGUUUCUCUUCCGAAGCUUAUUUUCCUCUCCAUGCCGAUUUAUUGUGAAAAGAGCAGGUUCCCUGCAAAUUCCUACUUACUUCGAUGUCUGGAAAGGGAGGAGAAACAACGUAUCGAAAACUCAAUUCUUCAACAUGGUCCACCAACCGCCAACACUUCGUUUGAAUGCACUUCGAUUAUGUGUGGCAAUUGGAAUUAUGUGAAAGAGGAUUUGGUUUUCGUGGAGGAGAAAAAGUGGAAAGGCAAUUUCACUGUCCAUUUCAAGGAGAGGGCCAUGAUAUUGAUUCUCGACUACGGAUGGCGAAUGGUCAUUCGGUACGAUACAAUUGAACUUCUCACCACGGAUGAUGGCCAUAACCCAGCAAUCACUGCCACACUCCAUCAACCCCCUCACUUCUUCGAAGAUCCGCCAAAAGAAGAUUUCUCUGAAAUUACAAAUAUGUUUCGCACAAUGAACCUCAGAAACGGCAACAACCACCCUCCAAAAAGAUCUCGCAUUGCUGCAUUUGACGAGGAGCAUAAAGAAAUUGCAGGCAGCUCCCUUGUAUAUCGUUGCACAUUGAAGGGCAUAGGCGGAUUUUCUCCCGAUGUUGAACAAAAGUUAGAAUCGUUGAAGAAUGCUCGAGGAAUUCCAUCGAUGAUUCAUCAUCCUGUUGCGGUCACCCAACCCAUCGAAUCUCACAUUGCGGGACUUACGAGGCUUCAAGCGGCCUUGGGAAGUUUCAAUAAUACCCUACCGUUUCCCUUGACUUUUCAGAUCCAAAAGCUAGCCCAAAAUGGAUUCCUCUCUCCUCGCCAAGUUAUUGACCUUCUACCAACCUUUACCUCGAUGUUCAAACGAUCUAGUCUUCCAAUUUGUGUCGCAGCUACAAGAAGGCUCUUCCAUCAGCUUCCAUUCCCCGGACCUAAUGUCAAGGCGGAAGAUUUUGACAAAAACGCUAUUGUUGAGCUGCUUUUGAAAAAUGAGAAGCUUUCAACGCAAGAGGCUCUCUACGCGGAGGAUUUUGGAGGAACUGCAUCUCAGAACACUGCUCUGGUUCAUCGAGUUACCAUUACUCCUGCUGGGUUUUAUCUUGAGGGCCCUGAGGCUGAGAGUAACAAUCGUAUUCUCCGGAAAUACGCAGGUAGUCAUGGUAAUUUUGUACGUGUGAAUUUCUGCGACGAAGACGGUGGUAGAAUUCAGUAUGCUUCAAAUGUUGCCAACGAUGAGAUUUUCGAUGGAGUAUUCAAGAAUAUCCUAAAAAAUGGAUUUUCAAUCGCAAGUCAAAAGUACGAAUAUUUAGGAUCGUCACAUUCUUCUCUCCGAACACAGUCUUGUUGGUUUGUGGCACCAUUCUUCAACAAAGAGGGAUAUCACGAUGCCCAGCACAUCAUUCAUGACCUGGGUAAUUUUACAGCAAUUCGCUCUCCAGCCAAAUGUGCAGCACGAAUUGGGCAGGCAUUUUCUGAUACACCAAAUGCCAUUACUCUUGAUAAGAGAACCGUUACAAUAGAAAGAAUUCCUGACGUCGAACGCAAUGGCAGAGUUUUCAGUGAUGGAGUGGGGACAAUGUCAGAGUCCUUGAUGCACAAAAUAUGGGAAAAGCUACCGAACAAAAAAUUUGUGAAGCCGACAUGCUUCCAAAUUAGAUAUCAAGGUGCCAAAGGUAUGAUUUCUUUAGACACCCGUCUCCCCGGAGAUCAUUUACGACUCAGGGAGUCUAUGAUCAAGUUUGACGGAUCGAUUUCGAAUGACCUUGAAAUAUGUGGGGGUGCAUACAAACCACUUUCUAUGUACCUUAACCGACAAUUCAUCAAGAUUUUGGAAGACUUAGGAGUCGAGCCGGAAUACUUCAUGAAGCUCCAAGAAAAGGAAGUCACACGAUUGAGAGCAAUUACGGCUAAUACAUAUAAUGCUUCGACAUUUCUUGAAAGAAAAAGAGUUGGUGAUGUCGUUCUCCUUCCAUACCUAAUCGAGCACUGUUCUUAUUUAAACCUUGACUUUAGAAACGACGUAUUCUUGCGUGAUGUUCUCGAGAUGGCAGUCUUGAUAGAGCUUCGCACUCUAAAGCAUAAAGCUAGGAUUCCCGUCGAGAAGGGCUAUCAUUUACACGGCAUAAUGGACGAGACUGGGAUUUUGAAAGAGGGCGAAAUAUAUUGCUGCUGGCUUGAGGAUGGAAAGCGCACCACUCUGGUACAAUCGAGUGUUGUCAUUACUCGUGCUCCGGCUCUUCAUCCUGGAGACGUUCAAUUGGCGAAUGCCGUGGAUGUUCCAAGUAACUCCCCACUGAAGAGGCUCUACAACUGCAUUUGCUUCAGUCAGAAAGGAGCUCGUGAUCUACCAAGUCAGCUAUCAGGUGGUGAUCUAGACGGCGAUCUUUAUUAUGUCAUGUUUGAUCCAGAAAUGAAGUUGAAGAAGACUGUAAUACCCGCUGAUUACCCACGAUUACCACCUCUCGAUAUCGGCCGUUCAGUGACACAACAAGACAUGGCUGAUAACUUCUUGACUUUCAUGAAGACAGAUCAGCUUGGUGUUAUAUCCAAUAGACAUCAAGUCUAUGCAGAUCAAAAUGUGAUGGGAACUCAAUGUCAACAAUGCCUUAUUUUGGCGGAGCUUUGCUCAACUGCGGUGGAUUUCUCCAAAACGGGAAUAGCGGAGUAUGCGCCAAUAGAAGCAAUGGAUGAAGAGGACGAGGUCUCGAAUAUCAAGUACUAUGAAAGUCAAAAAACUUGUGGAAUGCUUUACCGUGCAAUCGAUGAGCGACAAGUCUUUGAAGAUAUUCAAAGGCUGGACAUGCAAGCCAAUGAUACCCCAGAUGUUAUGCAGCACGUUUGGGAAUUCGUUAAAUCUCGUUCUCAGGGUAUACUCUGGCAGCAUCUGCGCAAUGAUGCGAUGGAAAUUAAGGACAUAUACGAAAACAAUAUGCUAGACAUAAUGCAUCAUUACAGUGAGCAUCCGAGUCGUCCAGUCAGCGAGCGUGAGGUAUUCGUUGGCAACAUCCUCGGAAAGGCUGGGUCGGUAAGCAAAAAGCAAAGAGAGCUCUGUACCAGCAUGAAAGAGAAAUACGAUGAAAUUGCGGCAUUCAUCAUUAAUUGCAUAAUCAAGGUCAAUGAUGACUAUUCAGAAGAAGCUCUCGAGCGCAGCAUUGCAUGUUUUGCCGUCUCUUUGGAUGAUAAGGGGCCAAGAAGCACCCGGGAUGAGCCUUUAAAAAGCUUCAGAUAUUUAGCUGCUGGCGUUUGCUUGAGGGAGAUGGAGAGAGUACCUGGUCUCCUCCCAUAUAGCUGGCAGGUAAGCUUGUUGAUUAAGGUUAGAAGUAUGGUUGUGAUUAGAAUGGGUUUAGUCACUUUCAUAUAG